GGCUGGCGAGAAGGUCCUUUGUUCAGUACGUAUAGAAUGUUCUACAACAUUGCAACUUGUUUUAAAAAAGUCACGGCUUCAAAACCACCCUGCUCUCAGCAUACAUUGCCCAGCUCCACAAUCGCAUUUCAGUAUUACAUCAAAAAGAAACAUCCAAACAUUCAAGACAACCAUGCCAACAGAAAUCUCCGCCCCUCUCCACUUCCACACCCUCCUAAACGCCCACACCUACCUCAUCGCAGACUUCUACGCAACCUGGUGCCCACCCUGCAAACAAAUCGCACCUGUCUACAACCAAUUCUCCAACACACGCUCUGUACCCGGAAAGUUCGCUUUCGUCAAGAUCAAUGUUGAUGAGCAGCGCGAGAUAGCGGCGCAAUAUGGUGUCACGGCUAUGCCGACAUUUAUGCUGUUUAAGAAUGGGAAGAAGGUGGAGGAAGUUAGAGGUGCGGAUGUGAGGGGAUUGAAGGGGAUGGUGGAGAAGGCCGGUGGGGAGGUUAAGGCUAUGGGUGUAGAGAAGAAGGAAGAGAAGAAGACUGAAGGGGAGAAAACGAAGGAGCAGGUGGAGAAGAAGGAGGAGGAGGAGAAGACGGUUAGUGGGUGUUAUGGGAUGACCGGAGGGAAUCACUGGAGGAUGUCGUUGAAUUAGUGUCGUGUGAUGAUACCCCCGAAUUGAGAAUAUAAUCUAUUUUUGCAUUUUGAUGGGUUUGGUACUAUACAUACAGUGCUCUAGUAGGAAUGCGGGGUGACUAGUAGUUCUGUAUGAAGAGAAUAGCCUGGGCUGUCCGUACAGUAAUCUUUUUCACGUAUUCAUACCCAC